AUGGUGAUCACGUUGUUCCUGUUUGCAGGCGUGGGCGGGCUGCGCGACGUGUCGGUGAACAUCCCGCUGGCGGUGGCUCCCGGGGACACGGUCAAGCUCACCUGCCUGUACGACCUGGAGGGCGACCCCCUGUACACCGUCAAGUGGUACAAGGGCCGCCAGGAGUUCUUCCGAUACGUGCCAAAGGAGCUGCCGCACACCCGCGUCUUCCCGCUGCCAGGCGUCAACGUCGAUAUCGGACAGUCGAACGCCCACCAGGUGGUCCUGCGGGACGUGCAGUUGGAGCUGGCGGGCAAGUACCGCUGCGAGGUGUCGGCCGACGCGCCCUCCUUCCACACGCAGGUCGUCGCCAGCCACAUGCACGUCGUAUACCAGCCGGAGGGUGAGCCACGGAUGUUCGUGGAGAAGCCGCGCUACGCCGUCGGCGACACGCUCCGCGCCAACUGCUCGGCGCCCGCCUCCAGCCCGCCCGUCAACCUCACCUGGUUCCUCAACGACCGCAAGAUAAACGAGACGUUCCUGGAGCGGCACGAGGUGCGGACUUCCGCCGCGGCGGCGCCCGGCUCUGCACCAGGCAGCGGUGGGGGUGGCCUGCAGCCCGCGUCCAUGGCGGGUGGCGCCCCCCAGCAGAUGCAGCAGCCGCACCCGCCACAGCAACAGACGCGCUACGUGACGGUGAUCGGCCUGGAGAUGGACGUGGGCAGCGACGCGUUCCGCGGCGGCAAGCUGCGGCUGGCGUGCCGCGGCGCGCUGUUCGGCCUCUACCGCCAGCAGGCGCUGCGCGUCAUCGACGAGGAGCGACCGCGGCUCGCCUCCGUCCUGGGCACGCGCGAGUCCUCCGCCACGGGAGCCGGCGUGUCGGCGUGGGGCCGACCCGGCUGGUUGCUGCUGCUGGCCACGGGAACGCUUCUGGCGCUGCUGUCGCUGACGAGAUAGCAGACCGCGGUCUCCCACUGCAGCCGCUGCUGCUGCUGCUGCUGCUGCGGCUGCUACUGAAGCGGCUAGCAGCUGACGUCGCCACCACGGCCACCAGAGCUAAGAGAUCAGCACCAACGACGCUCACAAGGCACGCAGCCAGACGUUUAAAACCCACCAGGAUUUAAGUGAGAAGGAAGCUAUGGAGCAGUUGUCUAUUGCCUGUCCGUUUGGGUCGGUUGGACACCUCGAAACCGACCAGAGGCAACUCGACAAGAUUCGCAGCUCUUUCCAGCCUCUACCCGUAUCAGCAGAUUGAAUCCAGACACAAGUCGAAAGCGAAGGUAGACUUCCACUUGACUAAAUCUUCCCUGAAGGCACCACAGAGUGCGAAAAAGUCUGUAUGUACAUUCUCCGUUCCCAGCGCAAUCUGAUAAUUCAGAAAGUAUUUUUCGCAUCACAAACAGUCUUCCUACUAGAUAUGACGAUGAAAACCUGCAAAGGAAAAAAAAAUAAAAAUAAUUGUCCCAUUAGUUUGAGUGACACGUCUCAUUGCCCACUUACAGAAGGCCUCUUUACGUAUUCUUUGAUUUAGUUUUCCCUGCAUUGUUUCGAUAUUGACUUCAUACUUUUCUAAAUUUACCUAUCCUCCUUUUUACGGCUUCUUCAUUAGCUUCACACCACAUUUCAAAUCUGAAACAUUCUUUGCAGUAUUCUGAUCUCCGGAAAUUAUGUCAGGCUCGUAGAGGACGUUUCCAUUUCCGAAAUCAAACAGUUGACGAGAUGCUCGUGUGAAUUCGGCGAUCGGACUGAACCGUGUUUUGUUGUACCCACUGCAGCGCACAAGACGUCUUUCUGAUGUUUCCUUCGGAACACAUUACGUAGCCGUUCUCAAGGAGCAAAGUGAGAAAAUGACCUGCAAAGAACGGAUAGUGGUCACUGUUCCUACUGGAGCUGCCUCGCAGCUCCCCCCAGUGCGCCAGCAAACGGCGACAUUCGUAACGAAUGAGCCGCCUCAAUCGUGACAAGUGUUAGCAGUUAGCGAGUUGAUGAGCUCGUGUGUCAGUGCCAAAUGACAAUGAUUGAGCCCUUGUAGGUACUGGUGUACAGAAAACUGCGGUGACAUCGAACUUUCAUAUUACGUUAAAGUUAAGUAGUGGGAACAGGCACAGUAUGUGAACAUUUCGGAGAAGUAUCUUGGUGGUCAAGUUCAAACGCACUUCAAGUUUGCCAUCAACGCAAAAUUCUGAAUUACCUUCCUGGAUGCUCUGAAAAAAAAACAAGAUUCAGUCGAGUUCCUCAAACAUUUCAAAUUGUGACACGACGAAAUACUGUCCAAAACAGGUAUCCAGGCAUUUCUUAAGCCGAUCCAAUUCGAUAUGCAUGAAACACAAAACCUAUGCUGUAGGAGACACGUUUAGAACUACUCACGUGCGCUCCACAAUACAACUUUCGACGUCCUUCAUUUUUUUAAAAAUUCGACGGACCACCAUGAUGCUGAACUCUCUUGCUGUGUCUUCCUCAGGAGUAACUAAUAAAGCUGAUAGACUGUGUUCUUUGUACUAAAUACGAACAUAUAACAAACUAUAUGAAGCUGCCGUUUUGAAAAGUUGGUAUUUAGUUGUUCUAAGUGACAUCAUAUAGAAAGAAAAUUUGUGGACGUACCCUGUAUAUCGUAGAACAAAUCAAAUAACAAGAUGUCCUGUUGAUACUUGCCCACGUGUUUUAGUGUCUAUAUUGUUUAUAUCGAUAAUCAGUGUUUGUGUACAUAUUUAUGUAUAUUCGACAUAUGCUUCAGAUCAGAUGAUGUACCCAUACAGAAUUGUAUUUACGUUGUCUGUGAGACUCCGCAUGUUUGUUUCUGGAAAUUUUGUGCUCACUACUUAUACCCAGGUCUGUAAAAGGAAUGGUCCAGAAUAAACAGAUUUUGUCAAAUAAAAGCUGUCAAAAGGCAGGCUACGUCAUCAUGAAAGUGUGAAAUAAAUAAUUCCCAGAUAUCAAGAUAAAA